AAAGAAAUAGUCCCAUCAAUUUCUAAUUGAUAAUGAAAAAUAUUUUAGAGAAAUUUGUAAAAUUAUAUGAGAAUUUUUCUCUGCAGCGUCAAGGCCAUCUCUAGACGUUUUUACUGGCGACACGUGUCGGCUCGUAAACCGGCGACUUGUAAAAAUGCCAACAGUGACGGUAUCAGUUCCAAUUCCGAACUCAAUAAUCCCCAGGCAACUGCGGAUCGGAGUCCGACAACCAAAAUUAAACCCGAUUCAGUUCUCGAUUCUCUGCUCUUCGUCAAAAUCACCGCCUAUGGACACUCAAAACCCACCGAAAAGAGUGGUUGUUUGCGGCGGAGGAGUCAUCGGUGUGUGCACCGCCUAUUUUUUAUCCAAGAGGGGCGCCGCCGUCACACUUGUCGAACAAUCGUCAAUUGCUUGCGCAGCAUCCGGCAAGGCUGGUGGGUUCCUUGCCCUAGACUGGUGCGACGGCGGGCCAGUCUCUUCACUCGCACGCGCCAGCUUCAAUCUCCACCGUUCACUGGCCCAAGAACUCAACGGCGCGGAAUUGUACGGUUAUCGCCCCGUUACCACUCUCAGCCUCUCAAUAACAGAAACGGCGUCAUCGGCUCAAUUGAACAGAAAAUCUGGCCCAAAUCUUCCAUCUUGGAUUGAUGGGCCGGCGAAAGGCCCAAGGACUAUUGGGACGACCGAGACGACGGCGCAAGUGCAGCCGCAGCUGUUUACCAAGACAUUGCUGUCGAAGGCGGUGGAAGAGUAUGGAUUAAAGGUGGUUAUAGGAAAAUUGGAGAGGGUGGAGGUGGCGGAAGGGGAGGCUAAGGCGGUGGUUUUGGAGGGCGGCGGAGCCAUUGAUGCCGACACGGUGGUUUUGGCACUUGGGCCUUGGACUGGCAAUUUGUCACUUUUAAGCUCGUUGUUUAGAGUUUAUGGGCUUAAGGCUCAUAGCAUUGUUGUGGAGCCGAAAGAUCCGGAUUCGAUUACCCCUCACGCAUUGUUUUUGAGUUACUAUCCGGCCCAUGGUGGGCAGCCCAUGGACCCUGAGGUGUUUCCCCGUCCAACAGGGGAAGUGUACAUAUGUGGAAUGUCAGCCGAGGCCGAGGUACCAGACGACCCGGAGCAGGUAAUCCCCGUGCCUGAAUCCAUACGGGUGCUUAAGACAGUAGCAAGGAACGUGUCGAGCCAGUUGAUGGAAGGCGAAGCCAGAGUGAAGGCGGAGCAAGCGUGCUUCUUGCCUUGCAUGGACGACAGUCUGCCGGUCAUUGGAGAAGUUCCUGGAGUGAAGGGGUGUUAUGUGGCCACAGGGCAUAGUUGUUGGGGGAUUCUCAAUGGUCCAGCCACAGGUGCAGCCGUGGCUGAGCUUGUAAUGGAUGGCACUGCUAGCAUCACGGAUGUUAGCCGAUUUAGUCCUGCCAGGUUUCUUCGUGGCAGAAAAUAGUAGAUGGACAUGCUGCAAGUUUUGAUACUUGAGAUCUUUCAUCAAGAAUGCAAAUUGAUGUGAGUUUUUCCCACUAAGUUGUUAAUCCUCUAUUGGGACAAGAACAAUGUUGUUUGUGGAUUAA